AUGCCAAAAGAAGGGUUAAGUGUUUUGACUGAAAAACAAUUAGCAUUUUUCUUCCCAAAAGAAGAAGAAGAAACUAAUGGAGAUGAAAUUAUUAUUAAACGUAUCUAUGCAAUUAGUGAAAAUGUAGAACGUAGAAAAAAUAUUCAAAAGUUUACUAAACUUGAAGUUCCAAGUGAUUCAGAAGAUAUUGUUUUAGUUUUCCCAUCACAAAUUGCUCAAGCUGAAUUAGCAGAACAAGAAGUUGAUGAAGAAGAAGUUAAAAAAUCAGAAGAAGAUGUUAUUUGUUCUGGUUGUGGAGAAAAAGGUCAUUUCUUUUUCAAUUGUCCACAUAAAGACAGUCGUAAAGUUUCAUCAGAACCACAACAAAAAGUUGCUGAUUCUAAUAUAUAUGUUCCAAUACAUAUGCGUAGACAAGCUGAUGGAGAUUAUAAUCCAGAUGUUUCAAUUAGAUUAUCAAAUAUUCCAGCUUCAGUUGAUGAGACUGUUAUUAAAGCGUUAUAUCAUAAAGUUGUUGGUAAUGAAAAACAAAUUUUAAGAAUCUUUUUCCCAAAAGAUUAUGUUACUGGAGAAAGACGUGAUUAUUGUUUUAUUAAUGUUGCAACAAAAGAAAUAGCUCAAAAUGCUAUUUCAAAAUUAGAUGGUUAUUUACUUGAAUAUGCUAAACUUGCAUGUGCUAUAUCAAAGAAACGUCAAAAUUGA